CUUUCCGGUACUUGCUGAGACAGAACAUUGUAUUUAAAAUUGUUUUAAGUAGUCCGUGAACAUCUUAGUCACAACUUACUCCAUUUCAUCAUGAAGACUGCACAUCUUCUAGUCAUCGUCGUGUUAUUGGUAACGGGUCUGAUCUCCUCCGGUAGUGCCAAUAGACCCAUUAAAGCACCCGAUCCAGUGGAUCCGUUUCUGAUUGUCAAAAUCAUAGGCCCGACUUCGUCGCCGAAGCCAUGCGGCGAGAAUGAAGUCUAUCUUGAAUGCGGCAGCGAAUGUCCUCCGACCUGCUUCUCCUGGAGGGAUCGGCGACGAACCUACUGCCCGAGCACGUGCGUUUCGGGGUGCUUCUGCGGACUGCGAUAUGUACGCGACAAUGUGACUGGGAGCUGCAUCCGACCGAGGGACUGUAGAAGGAUAUUGCGGUCCAGGGGGCCGUGAGAAUAGUGCUUUUGGUUACAUGAAGUUGUUUCUAUGAAAAUGCAAUGAAGGUUAUUGCUAGUUUUUGUUGAUUGAUUUUGACCCGUUUGUGCAUUUGAACCAGUUUUACA